AUGAACUCUCUCAAGGUGCCCGAGAGCGGCCUCGUGCUCGACGGCGCCUCUGACGGCAACACCACCGUCCCUCCGCAGGCCUUCAUCGUCUCCCUCAGCGACGAUGUGGUCAAUCAGAUGAUUCAGGGUGCUCGCAAUGGCGAUGAUUUGCACCUUUCCACUGGAAAGAACCCAGCUCUCCAUGUUGGCUCCAAAUCCCACCGAAUCUCUCAACCCGUCGAUGACGCUCCGCGCGACCUGUACCUCACUCAGCCCUUCGAGUCGACUCGCCGAGCGGAGCGAAUCUUGACUACGAGCACUCUUUUCAAGAAGCUGAACCCUCGUCCUUCCAAGAAGCAGCCGGUCAAGACGGUCAAAGAAGCACCCAAGUCCAAGCCUGCAACAGCCACCGGCAAGAGCUCGGCCUCUUCGGGACUGGACAGCGACAUUGAAGCACUCCAAAACGGGCUGGCAGCUCACGAUGCCGCGCGGGAGAGAGCUCAAGUGGUGGACAAGGUCCCCAUCACCAAAACUGGACCUGGCAAGUCCAAAAGCAAGCCCCGACCCAGCUACAAUAGCUUGGCUACCAAGUCGACGCCGACCACGCCUGCCGCCAACGGUGGACAGUCUCCGGUUCUCACAGCCUCGCAGCAGGUACUCGAGCGGAAGAAGGAGCAGCGAGUGGGGCUUGUGCACGAGCUCGCGGCCAAAGAUCGGAGCACGGACUACCUCCGAGAGAGGUGGACAGGCAGAGACGAAGAGUUCAUGUCGAUGCUGGAGAAGACUGCCGACCAAAACUCCGAUUCCAAGUUGUGGACCAUAAGACAGUCUGGUUGGAAGGAGCUCGACGUCUGGAAGUACGACUACGCCUCCCAGGAAGACCGACAGAUGGCAAUCGACAGGGCCAUUAAGCAGUACGACAAGCAGCGACUGUCCGCGAGCGAGAUUCAGUGGCAGAGACUCCUUCCCGAAGAGGAGCGAGGCAAGGGAAAAUGUCUCAGCCGCCUUCAGGCCAAUCUUGCCCGCGGUCCGGUCGGACCGCCGCCCCCAAGAAUUAAGGUAGAGGCGGAAGAGAGCUCUGCGUCCAGAGAUGAGGGUAGUUCAAGCGACAAGGCCAAAACUAACACAGAGAAGAUGCCUCGACCAGGUUCGAAUUUCUUCCCCAAGCCGAAGAAGCCCCUGGCAAAGGACGCCCCGGCCAAGCGUGCGCCGAGCAAGCCGAAGGCCACAACCCAGAAGCCUUCUCCGACCAAGGCCAAAGCCGGCACCGGCAAGGGCAGCGGCGGCCGUGUGCUCUCGGCAGCGAUCAUCGAGAACUCGGAUUCUAGCGGAGACGAAGCUCCGAUCGCGAAGCCCGCACCCAAGCCACAGGCACAGGCGCCGAAGCCCAAGGACACCGUCGUCGUCAAUACCAAGCCUCCGAUUCGAGCGCCGAUGAAGCAGCAGCAGCAGCCGGCAAAGCGCCCUCGCGAGGAGGAGGACUCGAGCUCCAGCUCUGGCACGCCGCUGUCGAAGCGGAUCAAGCCCAAGCAGCCGCUGCCGGCGCCGGUGUCCAAGCCGCGUCUCCCCAACGCCAACGCUAACGUCGGCAUGCCGCGCCAGGCAGGAACCGCAGGACCGACCAAGGCCAAGAACACGUCGCCGACCAAGUCGUCGCCGCUGGCCUCGUCGCCUCCCACCAACGCGUCGGAUCUAGAUGAUGAGACCCCGCCGGCGACGACGUCCAAGAAACGCAAGGCGGAAAACGACGCCAAGUCGGGACCGGCGAAGCGACGACCGGUCGACAGGGUGCCAGCGGAGGUCCUGAACAAGGCCACCAAGUUCAAGACGUACUACCGCAAGUACGAGGCGCUGCACCACGAGAUCUCGGAGCUGGACGACCCGCCCCAGUCGAAGCUGGCGGACCUCAUUGACAUGCGAGGCCGACUGGAGAUGAUGAAGCGGGAGAUCUACAAGCAGUGCUCCCCCGACCGGGAGUAG